CUGCUCUCUUUCUACCUCGUUGACGUCAUUGUGUCACAGCGACGUGUAGUAGAGGUGACCAGCAUGAGCAGCGUUGUUAUUGAAUAAAGCGCACCAGUUGAGAAAUUUCCUCGCCUGAUUCGUCUACUUCUGUUGCUCGCAUACUUUCGUCGAAAAAAAAAUGGCAGCCGGCGUCGAGCAGAGUGACCUUGUUGCCCCGGGCGCAGGUCUCGGCCCCGCUGGAGCUGCAGACCCCCAACAAGAGCGCCAGGGUUUGGACCUGCCGCGGAUUGCCAGGAUGGCGAUACAGGUCAUGGCCGUGCACUACGCCUUCAUGUGGAUGACCGGAAUGACCAAGCGACCCGGUGGUCAGACCACUAGCACGGCGGAGCUGCAGGAGGAAACAUCAAUAACAGCAGCGGCUUCUACCAAGAAAGGAUCUUCCUCCGGUAAGAAAAAGCCGAACCGGCCGAUGCGGUUCUACAAAAACAUGUUUGAUCCGGCAGAGGAGACGUAUGAUUUUUGGGUCCACUUGCUCACCGAGGAUGAGUGGAAGAAGAUGAAGAAGAACACGCACGCGGAAAACAAAAAACUUUUUGCAGAAUGGGAAGAAAGCGAGAAGCUCCUGUGGCACGAAAAGAACAUCCCGUACAACUUGAAGGACAAGCAGAUUCUCGCGGAUAAGCAAACACCGGAUAGUGAUUUCAACGUCUGGCGAAAAAACGUCACCGUGCCCUUGCGAUUGCUCCCGGAAUUGGUUUUGCCCUCAGCUUCUGACAGCACUUCGGGACGAGAAGAAGACUUGGCGCAGCAGCAAGGGGAACAGGAGAAAGACGCCGCAGGCACAAAUUUGGUUGCACAAGCGGUAAAAGGCUUAAUGGUACCUUCAUCGGCAUCAAAUAUCAAGCCGGAUGCUAUAACAUCAAGCUAUCUUCUCGCCUACACCAUGCGGUCCACGAAACUGCGCAAGAGCAAGCACCUGUACAGUUACGAAACCAUUCACGAACGCGUGAACCUCACUCGGAUGAUGCGCCCGAAGGUGCACCACGAAGAAAAAAGCCUGCUCGGGGGCGGCGGUGCGGAUGAUCAGGAGAGUGAGAAGAAAAACGCGACGACGACCUUAGCUGCCAUAGCUGCACCAGACAAAGACGGGACCCAACCCGGUGCUUCAGCAUCUUCGUCUGAGUCUCGUGUUUCUUCCAAAAACGCUUCUAGUACGUCCACGAACGCUGAAGUAGCGCUCGCCCUGGAACACGAAAAUACCAGAAAUUCAACCACCACAUCACCAACCGCCUCCCCAUCAUCUUCGACGAAAGUCGCCCACUGGGUGUCCAAAGUCGAUUUUCGCAUUGUUUGGGACGACUCCGUUCACAACGACGCCACACUGAACAACGAGAUUUCCACAAAUAACAACCCCCUGGCCGCCAUCAAGCGCUUUCCGGACAGCCAGGUGUAUCAGCCCCUGGUCUCCGCGACCGACUUCUGGGCGCUAGAGCACGACUUUCUGCACCUCAACUCCACUGUGCUGGAGAAGGGAGUCAGCCUGGAAGCCGUGCAUGGGAAGAUCUCAAACACAAAAGAUGACGAAGCUGCGCCACACGACCCGAACGUAGUGAAGAACGUGGUGGAUGUUGUCUUUGACGAGGCUGCACCAAGUUCAACAAACCAUCACCUCGCGGCCGAGCCCUCGCUCCCCCUCCGUCUGUCCCACUACCAGACCACCUACGCCGCCUGGUCCAUCCAAAAGUCACUGACCGACACGCUGACGAUCAAGGAAAAUUUCGGCCUGCUGAUCGACCCCAUGCGCGAGAGCUUCAUGCUGAAGAAGAUUUUCCUCAGCAACUCUAUGACCUGCUCAAACGUUACAAUCUCAAACGUUACAAUAGAAUUUGGAUUUUGUGUUGCGUGACGAGCAUGACAGACUCGGACAGCAUUCCACUUUCUGCAAUACAAAUUUCGCCAGACUGUAGUGCCGUUUGGGACUCCGGAACUUGUCAUGCGCAAUGCCAUGAGAGUUGGCUACAAAUUGCGGCUCUUGCAUCACAGAUUUCGAUAUUCUAUUGUAACGUUUGAGAUUGUAACACCUGAGCAGGUUAUAAACUCACCCAUCGUGCUGAUUCUGUCCAUGCUCUUCAUGCUGUCACACUCCCUUAUGGCGCUCUCAACUGGUACAUUCUCAACUGUUACAUGAUUUGUCAUGCAAAUUUACCACCAAGAUCGCCACGAUUAAGCUGCUUCGCAUGACAAACAUCCGAAGGGCUAAACAGGAUCUAAAUCUGUGCCAAAUCUGUAAUGCAAAAGGCGCAUCCUUCCUCCUUUCACUUUCGCCGUUCUUGCAUUACAAAUCCACGUAACAGUUGAGAAUGUAACGUUUGAGAACGCCAUAUCCCUGUUCUCGUGGUUGGCCUUCAAAAACGACCUCCAGUUUUGGCGGAAGAACAAGUCCAUGAAGGGCCUCAGCGCCCGGUCGAUGGUGAUCGGCUGGGUGAGUCGGGUGGUGAUCGCGCUCUAUCUGCUGGAGUCCCGGGAAACCAGCUACUUGAUUCUCUUCGAAAUUGGCUUAGAUUUGGUGCUGAGCACCUGGAAACUCACCAAGGCGAUCAAGGUGGAAGUGGUAUUUGCGAAGAUUUUGUACGGGAAGGUGCUAAAUCUUCUUUGGGUGAAAACGAUGAAUAGUACUGCGCACGAAAAGGAUGAAGUUUUGAAGAACCAAGCAGAAGACGAUCGGCAAGUGGACCAGAAAAGCGAAUUCGAUGAAAGUGUUGAAAAUUCUAGUGCUAGCUGUCAAGAGCAAGAGGAGCACGAAACAGUGGGAGAAACAUCAUCAGCCACAACUCUCCGGCACCGGCCUGCUGCGGUAGCUGCUACUUCUGCAGAAGAAACUACUGCGACGGGGGCCAGCCACGACGUCAAAAUAAACCGAGAGAAGGCCGCCAACGGCGGAGAGACCGCGGACACUCUCGAUAAAAUAAUCGACGAUAAGACCAAACCCAAAAUAUCAAAGCCGUCAAGUGCAAAAGCGAAACCCUCCUUUAUCGAAACUUACGUCCUAAAGAUCUCCUCGAAAACCGGCUACGACGACGACCAAACGUCCGAAUACGACCAGAUUGCGGUGCGCUACAUGUUAUGCAUUGCAAAUAAAGUAUCGCAAUCGCGCUCGUACUGGUGCUGUAGAUUGCAUUCUUACAAAUUUUCGCUAAAAAGUGGAACCUGUAAUGCUGCGUUACGUAAAAUAAAGAAAUCUAGAUCAGAUUUGAUGUCAUGCGAUGUUGCAACUCCAACAACUAUCUACCAAUGCCGCGAGUGCGAUACUACUUUUGCAGCGGAUACAGGUCCUACCUUCUCUACCCCCUGCUCGGCUGCUACACGGUGUACACGCUGGUGUACAACGUCCACAAGUCCUGGUACAGCUUCAUCCUGAAAACCCUCGCCGGCUACAUCUACGUGUUUGGGUUCAUCAUGAUGACGCCCCAGCUGUAUAUCAACUACCGCCUGAAAUCGGUCGAGCACAUGCCCUGGCGGGCGAUGACCUACAAGGCUUUGAACACGUUUGUGGACGACGUCUCCGCGUUUCUCAUGGACAUGCCCUGGAUGCACCGCCUCUCGUGCCUCCGCGACGACGUCAUUUUCUUCGCCUACCUGUACCAACGCUGGGCGUACCGGGUGGACAAAACGCGGCCGACCGCGUUUUCCGAUGGGGAGAAAGUAGAACAGCAGGAACUAAAGUCCUCUGCUGAAGGAGAAGACGCUGAGGGAAGUAGGAAUUCGCCCGCUUUAGAAGACAAUAAACAAGUAGGCGGAGCUAUUGCUAUUGUAGACGGAAGAACUGAGGUUCAGAACUCAACAGGGAGGGGAAACAAUAUUGAAAUGAUCCAUCAGCAUCAGGGGCAAGAAACCGAAAAAGAAAACCAGCGACAAGAGAACGACAAAACAAAAUGAAAGGAAAUGAAAUUUUUCUCUAGAUGAAACUAUAUCUAAUAUAGCCG